AUGCAUCUGGUUGUAUUGUUGAUAAUGUCGGUGCCAGCUUCAGCUGUAUUCGACGAAUAUACCCUACAACCCGUUGGCACCCAUAAACACGGUGCCCGAUGUUUUUCGUGUAUGUCUCGGUUGUACGAGGCUGUUUGGCCAUCACUUUCACAUAUCUACAAAAGGCCACGGAAUUUCACGGAUAACUGUAAUGAUGAUCGACUCACCGAAACCAAUGUACCGCUCGUACAUUGCGAUACGAUAUGCGUUUCAAUGUAUGAGUCACCAAAUAUCGCAGGUGUUCGGAUUGGUGGUUAUAUCCGUGGUUGUAUGAAAGAUGUGCUGAUCAAAGGUUUCAAUGAGACAAUUGUUAGUUGGUAUCGAUGGAUGCAACGUGAUUCCUGUCGACCGUACAGGAAAAAAGAACUGUUCAAGCUGGGCGGUGAUCAAGUUGAUGAGUCCACAAUUGACCUAACAACAAUGGCGGUUACUCUGUUGGCUGCUGUUAUCGGCGUCCUAUCGCUACCAGCUUUUGAUACUGCAGAUACCGGUGCAACUGCUCCGAUGACAACUGCAAGGAACUCACUCAUUACUGAUGAAUGGAGAACAGCUGUACUUAAUCUUCAUAACGAUCUUCGUAGAAAACUCGCAAAAGGAGAACAACAAGGCAAAGCGGGCAAGUUGCCGGCUGCUGGAGAUAUGAAUGAGAUCAACUGGGACUACAACGCUGAAAUGCUGGCUCAAGAAGAAGCUAAAAAUUGUCCGACGACUGUCGUUCCACCUGAAGGAUAUGUGGCUGUUUCCACCACGAUCACAACUAAGAAAUCUUGUAACGCGACCGAUGAGACGAAGAAAGCGAUACAGAAUUGGUGGGAUCUAGGUGCCGCUAGUCAAGAAAACAAUACCAUAGACGCAAACAAUACAUUUUCUCAGCUGGCCUAUUCGCAACUUAGCGCAGUCGGGUGCUCAUAUCACGCAUGCUCCUCGACGCAAUUAAGUUUAAUCUGCCUCUAUAACAAUCCCAUCGAUGAAAACACCACAGAUCUUUACACUGCUAAUACUACAGGAUGUGCAUGUGCAGAUUGCAUCAGUUAUCUUUGCCCGUCGACAUUCAGCCCUGCUCCACUAAAAAGCACUGUCUGCUCUUCGUGCAACAGUUCAACAACAAUGUUCAGAGAAGCUGCAUUAUAUUUGCACAACUACUACAGAAGGUUGGUGGCCUCAGGAUGGGCUGCGGACAAAAAGAUCACAUAUGCGAAGCCGGCAAAGACAAUGAUGGAAUUAACAUACGACCAAACGUUAGAGGAUGCUGCAAUUGCUUAUUUGAACAAAACUGGCGAAAACUGCCCUACAGGCCCGGAAAACAAAGAAGGAGAAAACUUUUGGAGUGGCACCGACCUAUCAUUGCCCGCUGAAAAGGCUAUCGUAGAGGCUGUUGGAGAAUGGUUUGCUUAUCUGGGAAAUGAAGGCCUCGGUGAUAACCUCGACUAUUCAAGUCUUACAACUGACUCGGGCAAAACAUUGGGAAAUGUCAUCCAUGACAAGACAACAAAGCUUGGCUGUGCUAUAAAAACCUGCAAGAAAACGGGAAAAAUGGUUAUUGAUUGCCGCUACGACCCAAAACUAUCAAGUGGCAAAAUCUACGAAAUUGGAACGAAGGAGUGCGUGUGCGGCACGAAAAAGUGCUCGCCUCUUGGUGGACUUUGUGUGGCGUAA